GGCGCUCGGAUAUCAGCGGGCCGGGCGCGGGGUGCCUAGAGCUCCGCCGUGCGGGCGCUGCGCUCCAGGUCGGCCCGCUGCACCUGCCAGAUCGCGGCUUCGCCCUGCGCACCCCCUCGUGCUCCCCCUCUCGCUUCUGUCUCUCCAGACCGGCCUCCCAGCCGCAGCCUGACAGCGCAGAGGAGCCGCCUUGUCACCCGCCCAGCACCCGGCGUGGCCAAGCAUGAGUACCGCGUUCUGGAUCGGAUCUGUCGUGCCCUGGCGGGGAUGAACAGCCGAGCGUUCUGCCUACACGCCCAAUGAGUGUGGUCGCUGUCUCGAAGACCGUCGUCGUCUCUGCGUUCCCUGUCACUACUGCCACCAGCUUCACAGACGAGGGCCGUUGGCCGCCCCCCGAGAUGCCCUGGAGAGCCGGUGCUUUGGUGGCGGGUGUCCUCCACGACGUCCGAGUCUGGGGACAGCCCCCGAGCUGGUAGUUGCUUGUACGCCAAAUGGACCUUGACCCGUGAGUUGUGACCGGCUUGGUGCCAAGCUGAGGGGAGCCAGCAGAGCGCGCGUCCAGAACCCCCCCCCAAGCCCGCUGGCCUGCGCGGCCAUGAAGAUGAUCCUGGUGCGCAGGUUUCGCGUGCUCAUCCUGGUAGUGUUCCUACUGGCUUGCGCUUUGCACAUUGCUGUUGACCUGCUACCCAAGCUGGACAGGCGCACCGCGCGAACCUCCGGGGAGCCCGGUUGCUCUUGCGCUCAGCCGGCGGCAGAAGCAGCUGGCCCAGGCUGGGCCCAGGCGAGGAGCCAACCAGGGGAGUCAGCCGGUGGCGACGCAGGCUGGCCCAACAAACACACACUGCGCAUCCUGCAAGACUUUAGCUCAGAUCCAGCCUCUAACCUAACCUCCCACUCCUUGGAGAAGCUUCCUCCCGCAGCGGAGCCACUUGAUAACGCUCCACGGGGUCAGGAGCCCGGCUCCCCGCUUCCCCGUGACACGGCGCACCGGCCGCUGCUUAGAGACCCUGGGUCCCGAUCGCGGGUGCCGCUCCCUGGCCCCAGCGGGGACGGAUCGCUCUUAGCCAAGUUGUUUGAGCACCCACUCUACCAGGGGGCUGUGCCUCCACUGACAGAGGACGACGUCCUGUUUAAUGUGAACAGCGACAUCAGGUUUAACCCCAAAGCAGCAGAGAAUCCUGACUGGCCACACGAAGGUGCUGAGGGUGCAGAAUUUUUGCCCACCGGCGAGGCCGCCGUGGACCUCUAUCCUAACUGGCUCAAAUUCCACAUCGGCAUCAACCGGUAUGAGCUGUACUCCAGACACAACCCGGCCAUCGAUGCCUUACUGCAGGACCUCGGCUCUCAGAAGAUCACCAGCGUCGCCAUGAAGUCGGGGGGCACACAGCUGAAGCUCAUCAUGACCUUCCAGAAUUACGGGCAGGCGCUAUUCAAACCCAUGAAGUAAGUGCCUGACACUAGGGUGGACGUGAGAGGCCUGGCUGUAGUGUGUAGGCAACAGGCCAGGUGAGGAAGGGCAAAACUUACCUGC